UGCGGUGGCAGGCAGGAGGCGUCAGCAGGCAGAGAGGACACACACACACACACACACUCACCAUCGCCUCUCACACUGCCAUGGUCGAAAAAACACGACAACAGCGCUUCCUAUUUCUCUACUGGGAGUUGAAACUUUAAGAAAAAAACCCAACAAAUAGCCAUGCUGCUGAAGCUUAUAACACCGAGGAUAUAAGCGACACAGAAAGUAGAACCACCGCACCGAAACCACAAAAAGAAGAAGAAGAAGAAGAAGAAGAAGCUCGGAGGGAAAGACGGCAUCCGGCCUGAGAAGAAGCUCCGAGGUCGGGGACUCCGGUCGGGGCAGCGUGCACCGUUUCUGGCCUCCCCUUCCCGAGAGCUCCAUGGAGAAGAUGAAGCGCUUCAAGCGGCGUCUCUCUCAGACGUUGCGAGGCAGCCACACCAUCGACGAGUCGCUGUCUGAGCUAGCAGAGCAGAUGACCAUCGAGGAGAACGGCCUGAAGGACAGCGAGCCCAUAGUGAGGAAUGGUCGUCCUCCAUCAGCACACAGUGUCCACUCCUUCCUCCACCAGUAUACGGGCUCCUUUAAAAAGCCGCCGCUGCGACGGCCCCAGAGCGUCAUCGGAGGAGGCCUGGGUUCUCUCAUGGUCAUGCCCCGCAACGGCAGUCGUCUCGAUAUCGUCCAUGAGAACCUGAAGAUGGGGUCGGACGGGGAGAGUGACCAGGCGUCUGGGACUUCCUCAGAUGAGGUGCAGUCGCCCACGGGUGUUUGUCUGCGGAACAGAGGGAACAGACGCAUCUCUGCCGAGGACCUGAACAAACGUCUGUCCCUGCCGGCUGACAUCCGGAUACCUGACGGUUACCUGGAGAAGCUGCAGCUGAGCAGCCCGCCCUUCGACCAGCCGCUGAGCCGACGCUCCCGCAGAGCAUCACUGUCAGAAAUUGGAUUUGGGAAGCUGGAGACUUAUAUCAAACUGGACAAACUGGGGGAGGGCACGUACGCUACGGUCUUCAAGGGGAGAAGUAAGCUGACGGACAACCUUGUGGCGCUGAAGGAGAUCAGACUGGAGCACGAGGAGGGCGCUCCAUGCACAGCUAUCAGAGAAGUGUCGUUACUGAAGGACCUGAAACACGCCAACAUUGUGACGCUGCACGAUAUCAUCCACACGGAGAAGUCGCUCACACUGGUCUUCGAGUACCUGGACAAAGACCUCAAGCAGUACAUGGACGACUGCGGGAACAUCCUGAGCAUGCAGAAUGUCAAGAUUUUCCUGUUCCAGAUCCUGCGAGGAUUGGCGUACUGUCACAGACGGAAAGUUCUCCACAGAGACUUGAAGCCCCAGAAUCUGCUCAUCAACGACAGAGGAGAACUCAAACUUGCCGACUUUGGCCUGGCGAGGGCCAAGUCUGUGCCCACUAAAACAUACUCUAACGAGGUUGUCACGCUUUGGUAUCGGCCUCCCGACGUGCUGCUGGGCUCCUCUGAGUACUCCACGCAGAUAGACAUGUGGGGUGUGGGCUGUAUAUUCUAUGAGAUGGCUGCCGGCAGACCUCUGUUCCCAGGAUCCACAGUGGAGGACGAGCUGCAUCUCAUCUUCAGGCUGUUAGGCACUCCCACCGAAGACAGCUGGCCUGGAAUAUCCUCUAUGGACGAGUUCAAGUCCUACAAGUUCCCCAAGUACAAGAUUCAGCCGCUCAUAAACCACGCACCUAGGUUGGACACUGAUGGCAUCGACCUGCUGAUGUCAUUCCUAAAAUACGAGUCGAAAAAGAGGAUAUCUGCUGAUGAAGCAAUGAGACAGCCGUACUUCAGGAGCCUGGGGCCACGUGUGUGCACGCUGCCAGAGAGCAUAUCCAUAUUCACACUGAAGGAGGUCCAGCUUCAGAGAGAUCCCGGCUACCGGAACUCGUCAUACCCCGAGUCAGGUAAAAGAUGAUGCAACGGAAAGAGCAGAAGACAAAGCAUGCUGUUUUAGAUUCUCUGGACUGUAUUUUUUUUAUUUGAGAAGAGUCUCCUAGCUGUACAGUCUCGCCGAUGGAUCAGUAACCCGGAAUGGGCUUUGGCGUGGAGCACCAUCAUCAUCUGUCCCCCCAAGCUACUUGGGAAACUCGUCCACAGUGCCACUGACUCCCUUUCCAGGUCUGGCCUGAACCUGGCCCAAAAGAGACAUUUAUAUACUGUACAUCUAUAUUUAUUGAGAAGAGAAUUUGCUGCUAAAUCCAACUACUGUCUAGAAUUCUAACUGGCUCAGUCACUUUAAUGAGUACAUGCAAUGUGUAUAGAUUGUUAAUUUUUUUUUUGAAGUGGUGGUCUUUUAAGAGAUUUAUUUGUUAUUUCCAUUUUCAUACAUUAAAGAAAAACCUCCACCUCAAAGCUCCUCGGUAUGUGUGGGUGUGUAAGGCAUACAGACAAGCAGAGGGAUGUUUCUGUAGCAACUCAAAAGGGUUUUAAUUUUCUGUCUCUGACGGUGCUGUUCUCAGCUGCACCCAUCAUUUGUGACCGUCUACUCUGAAGGUUUUUGAGGCCAGAUUUGAUGUAACUGAUAAUUUGAUCCUUACUGGAGGCGAAUAUGAGAGAAGUCCUGCCAAGCUCUGUGCACAAAGAUCAAAUUCUUGUCAGAUGCUGGCAUAUCAUUCCAGGAUGCUGCUGUCCCUGUCGGCAACAAUGAACAAAUGCAGGAGGGAAAAAGGCACCGUAGAAUUUAACAGGACUAGUUAUGCCUCCUAAAUUCUAAAGAAAUAUUUAACUACAGUGAAACCCUUCUCACCCUGACACUUCAUCUCUUCCUGUCUGUUACAAAGAGGUGAUGUAAAGUGAAUCCCCAGUGUUUGAAUCUGCUGCAUUACAGAUGUGUUCUCCUCUCUGCCAUUCUCAUCUCCAUGAACUAUAAAAUCUAUCCCUUUUUUUUCUGGAUUGCCUCCCUCAUUGUAUUGCAUGUCUGCUCUGUUUAUGAGGAAGCACACAGCCACUGAACUCCUACUGCAGGGAGCACUAGCUAUAGUCCUGCCCCUAGUGAAUACGAUACUGAGUCACAGUCUAUUUAACAGUGUUACAAGAGAUGUUUUGUAUGAUAUUCUUUAACUUUAUUUGUUGAUAAUUGUUAUUGGUUAGGGAUUUCAUUGCAGAUGCCCUCCCAUGUGAGCUUUUUUUCCAGAGUAAAGAAAAUUAAAUCUAAUGUUUAAACUGAAG